GAUGGGUCGCAGCCAGUCGACACCAGGUCUCGUAGAAUCUCGAGGCAAGGUAGCUCUGGAAGACAUGUGGGUUCCCCCCGUUUUGGUCGGUUUCACUCCCGCCUACCCCAGGUCUUUGAUAGGAUCCCCUCCUAGGCAACAAACUCCUGACAGUCCCGGAGCUGUUUCCACAAGCAGCGGCAGAAGUGGUAGAAGUCACCAACAUGUUUCAGGGUCACACCAGCGAUCUGGUACGACGUUGCAAUGCGACAGCAUGACGCAAUUGGUGUCAGGUGUGGCUUCGCCCGUGCUGGGCUCCCACGAAGCCCUCGAGACGGAGAUAAAGCGGCUUCGCGAGCGCCUCCAGACGGUAGAGUCGGAAAACGCUGCGAUGAGCGUCAAGUUGAGUCAACAGCAAUGGGAACUCGAGCACCGAUUGGCCGAAAUCGAGAUGCAGAUCUGCGGCUCGCGGUCCUCCAGCAGUUUGGCGGAGGAGGAGAACGAGAGGAACAGGGAGAGCAUCAUUUAACAACAAAAUGCGCUGCCUUACCAUGUACUACAGACUUUCGUUCAAUAUAUUGUGUAAUGGCGGCGGAUUGACUUAUCGUUCCGAUGACUUUUAUGACGAUUUUUAGUGAAUUUUUACUGUUGUUGAACCGAAGAGACAUUCUUAGUGAACAGUUUACCAAAUUGACUGCCAAAUUUUAUGUACGAUACCUUAGAUAGACCGUUUACUGAGGAUAAAAAUUGAUGAAUUCGAA